AUGACUGAGACAAAGCUAUUCACGAAGGAUGAUGUUCCAGCCAAUUGGAAUGGAAAGUUCUGGCACACGUACUUCAAAAUGAUGAAGAUGACGUUCCAGGAUAUGGAUGAUUCCGGCGAGCACUGGGAUGUGGCAUGUGGACGCAUUAAGGCUAAAUGCUUGUCGACAGAUGAGGGAAAGCUGAAGUUGGCUAAGAUGGAGCAUAAACUUCGUAGAACGAUUUUAAUGUCGCUCUAA